AGUUUGAAUUGCUUUCUUGAGCCACAAGGUUGUGCAAAAUGUCUCUAAAUGGCAAAAGUGCUCUCAUUACUGGAGCUACGGGAGCAAUUGGUGAAUCCAUUUGCGUGGAACUUCUCAAAAAUGGAGUAACUCAUCUUGCAGCCAUUGACAUUAGCUCUGUGGAGCCUGUAGUUGUGGCCAAGUGGAGGAAAAAUUAUCCAGAAGCCUCAAUUCGUUACUUCCAAGUUGAUGUGAGUUCGCAAGAAGAACUCGAAAAGUGCUUUAAGGACUUCACGAAAAAUCUCAGGAGUUUGGACAUCGUUGUCAACUGUGCUGGAAUUUUCAAUGAAAAUAUCCCCAAAACUGUCAUUGAUGUCAAUUUAACUGGAGUCAUUUUAUCCUCAAUCAUUGCGAUUGAGUACAUGAGAAAGGACACAGGACGAGGAAUGGGUGGAGUUGUUCUAAACAUCGCAUCAAUUGCUGGUCUCAAUGCAUGUAGCACAGCCCCUACAUAUUCAGCAACCAAGCACGCAGUCGUGGCUUAUACUCGUGCCUUAGCUCACGAAAGAGAUUACCUUGGAAUUAAAUUCUUAACUCUCUGCCCAGGAUGUACUGAUACGAAACUAUUUGCCAACGUUUUCGAAUUUGGGUUUCUUACGUCGAAAGAAAAGGAUUCAAGUCUCUUGAAUAGUUAUGGAGUUCAAAGUCCUGAGGCUGUUGGAAAAGCAUCAGUGAAGUAUAUUCUGGAGGGAAAAACAGGAAGUGUUUGGAUUAUUGAAGACAAUGAAAUUCAGGAAGCUCCAGUUCCUGAAAUAAAAUUCUAAAUCAUUUUGUUCUUGUCUUAAUUAAAUAAAUAAUACGUACGCCUAAA